AUUUCAUCAAAAGACUCUCACUUAAAAGUUAGAACUAGGUAACCCUCAAAAGGUAAUAGUUCUCACAUUCACAAAUUCACAGCUUUUUAGUACAUCUGUUUUCAAGCUUACAUAAAGUAAGAAGUCGCUUAGAAAUUGCUCCAACCCCAAAUUUGACUUCUUCUUAGUCUUUCCCAUCAUGACUCAAAAAGUACUUAAUUUUCAUUUUCACUCCUACUUAACUUUCUCUCAAUAGUUGAAAUGUGUGACAAAACACAUGUAGCCAUCUAAUAAGACCACCCACACAUCUCUUCCAAUUUCCAACUCACUCACUUUGUAUCCUUCCUCACCUUCGCAUUCACAUCACAACACAAACCACUUGUUGCUUUUCCUUCUUCCUUUUCCUUAAUCAUUUUCAUUUGGUUUCCCAUCUUUUUCUUUUCAUCCAAACAUGUCCUUCCUUCACUCAUCAACUUCCACUUUCUUCUUUCUCUUAAUAACACUCCUCUCUUUUUCGGGUACAACAAAACCCGACACCCCAUGUCCAUAUCCAUGUUACCCACCACCCUUAGGAAGUGGAACCGUCACUCCUACAAAUCCAACUCCUUCAGUUUCAACAGUUCCACCGGCACCACCACAGUCUGGAUUACCAUAUCCACCACCUUCUGGUUAUUAUCCUUAUAAUCCAACACCACCUUACAGCGGCAACAACGGUGGUGGUGGUGGCGGUGGUAGUGGUAGUGGUGGUGGUGGUUAUAAUACUCCGCCACCACCGGAUCCUAUUCUACCUUACUUUCCAUUCUACUACAAAAAUCCUCCUAACAAACCUGAUGACUCUCCAGCAUCAUCAAUCACUAAGGAGAAGAAAUUCAUUGGGAUGAUCUUCACUACGAUUCUGUUAUCUUUAUUUCUUGUUUUGGGUUUUGUAUAACAACUCUUUUGAAUCUUCAUGUAGUGAAUGAAACUACUAUUGAAAACAAGAAUUAGUGGUUGUUAAUUAUGUAUAUGCUUUAUUAGUAAUUUAAUUAUUGUGUUAUUGAUUUUUAGAAUA